CGCCCAGGCCAUGAGGCCGGGAGAGGAGGUUUCCAUGGAGACGGCAAACAAGGCGCAUAUUUGAGGGGCUGCCGCUGGACUACUACCCCCGUCGCCGCCAUGAUCCCCCCUGCGGACUCUCUGCUCAAGUAUGACACCCCGGUGUUGGUGAGCCGAAACACGGAGAAGCGGAGCCCCAAAGCACGGCCGCUGAAAGUCAGCCCCCAGCAGCCUGGACCCUCGGGUCCGGUCCCACAGCCACCAAAGACCAAGGUUCCCUCAACAUCCUGUGUCCCAGAUCCUACGAAGCAGGCAGAAGAAAUCUUGAAUGCCAUUCUGCCCCCAAGGGAGUGGGUGGAAGACACGCAGCUAUGGAUCCAGCAGGUGUCCAGCGCUCCCAGCACCAGGAUGGAUGUAGUGCACCUGCAGGAGCAGCUGGACCGGAAGCUGCAGCAGCGACAGGCCAGGGAGACGGGCAUCUGCCCCGUGCGCAGGGAGCUGUACUCGCAGUGCUUCGAUGAGCUGAUCCGGGAGGUGACCAUCAACUGUGCGGAGAGAGGACUGCUGUUGCUACGAGUCCGGGACGAGAUCCGCAUGACCAUCGCCGCCUACCAGACCUUGUACGAGAGCAGCGUGGCCUUUGGCAUGAGGAAGGCGCUACAGGCCGAACAGGGGAAGUCAGACAUGGAGAGGAAAAUUGCAGAAUUGGAAACGGAAAAGAAAGAUCUGGAGAGGCAAGUGAACGAGCAGAAGGCCAAAUGCGAGGCCACCGAGAAGCGGGAGAGCGAGAGGAGACAGGUGGAGGAGAAGAAGCACAACGAGGAGAUUCAGUUCCUCAAGCGGACGAAUCAGCAGCUGAAGGCCCAACUGGAAGGCAUUAUUGCACCAAAGAAGUGAUAAUUUCCACAUGGGCCUCAGCAAGCACUGCUACCCCAUCGAACACACCUAAGGAGGCACUGACGUGUCCACUCGGUUGGAAUGCCUCAAACUGCAUUCCCAAGGAGCCAAGAAGGACUCUCCUUAGUGGAGCUUUGACCCGACAUCAUCCCAGUGAAGGCUCCAAGGCUCCCUGGAAGAAUCUCAUUCCUACCGGAAGAGCUGUGUUCCCAAACAUGCCCCACGCAGCUCUAAUCUCAGAUCUGAAGUCACAGCUUUCACCCUCCUCCAGGUGCCCUGAGGGGACUCUAAGACCCCACCAUAAGAGCCUGGCUGGGCUGUCACCGUCGCGAGACAGAACUCUGCUGAGGUGUGCUGGUUCCAGGACUCCUUGGACGUCAAGCACCUACGUCAUGUGGCCAGCUAACAGACACAGCUACAGACAACUGAAGAUGCUGUCACUUCUUCGUAUUUUAAAGCUUAGGCCGUGUACAUUACAUCCUUGAGACUUUCUCGUUUUUACGCCUCUGUUUCAAACUGCUAAUUGCCAGUGUAAGAGAAAUGCCGCUCUCCAUUCUGUAGACCUCAUCUGUUUCCGUCAGACGCGCAGGACAUGGCUACGCUCUGGAGGAACCAAGAAGUGCCAGUGGACCCCAUCACGGAAAGCCCUGGGGGUGGACAGACUGUUUUCACCAGCACUGGUGAAUGGUUUCAACUGUCAAACCUCAGAACAAAAGCAUCAUGGCCUUAGAAAUGCCAACCGGGCAUGAAGAAAAUGAACACAGUUUCUAAUUGCCUAUUUCUGUAUAAUUUAAUAAACUUUUAAAAUGUUA